UCCGUGAAUAAAUGACUCCGUCAUGUGUUCAUCCAGUCUCUCAGACUAAUAAGAGAGCUACUGAUUCACUGGUGAGUGUGUGUGUGUGAGGAAAACAAGUCCAGGAAGUUUGCUCAGCAGCAGGAUGCUCUCCUGGACCCCUCCCACGGUGGGAGGGGGGAGGAGGGCUUCAAGUUCAACUAGGACAACCCCUCCAAAGUUCCCACAAGGAGGAGAAGAAGAAAGGGAAAGUGGAGCGUCUCGUCAGCCGGUGCCCGGAGGUGAGGUCGCCAUGCUGUCGCUCAGCAAGUCGUGGCUGCUGCUCACGGGCUUCGUCCUCUUCUACGUCAUCUACCUGCUGCUGGGCGCCCUGGUCUUCUCCAGCAUCGAGCGGCCCGAGGAGGAGAAGCUGCGGCGGGACGUGGAGCUGCUCAAGCAGGGCUUCCUCAACCAGAGCUGCGUGAGCGCCGCCGGCCUCGACCUGUUCCUGGAGAAGGUGCUGCGGGCGCACAAGCGCGGCUUGUCGGUGCUGCGGAACUCGUCGCGCGCCUCCAACUGGGACCUGGCAUCCUCCAUGUUCUUCGCCAACACGCUGGUCACCACCGUCGGUUACGGCCACAUCGUCCCCCUGACCAACGGCGGGAAGAUCUUCUCCAUCGUCUACGCCCUGAUCGGCGUCCCCUUCACCAUGCUGGUCCUGACGGCCUGCGUCCAGAGACUCAUGUAUCCCCUGGUCUACGUCCCGGUCAGCCUGCUGCACCGUUCCGGUCUAGAGCCGCGCCCGGCCACCGUGGUCCACUUCACGCUGCUGCUCCUGGUGCUGGUGCUGUGUUUCUUCUUGGCCCCAGCGGCCAUCUUCAGCAUCCUGGAGCGCUCCUGGUCUUUCCUGGAUGGAGUCUACUUCUGCUUCAUCUCGCUGUGCACCAUCGGGCUGGGAGACUUCGUCCCCACCAUCCAGCCGGGUCAGAGGUUCAAGGCUCUGUACCAAGUUGGCGUCAUGGUCUACCUCUUCACAGGUCUGAUGAUGAUGUACCUGCUGCUCAGAACCUUCCACAUGCUGGCCGACCUGCACGGACUCACCACCUACCUGCAGCUGCCGCGCUGCGACGACUCGGACCAGGACGAGGAGCACACACCCAUCAUGGAGGCCCAGAAGCCGGACCUCAGCGCAGAGAAGUCGGCCAGCAGACCCCUGGACCCAGGCUCGCAGCCCACUUAUAACACCAUCAACAAGGGCUGAGCCCGGACUCUGGACCCCCCUCCGCUGGGCUGAAUCACAAGCCUCUUUAUCUCACAUCCGGUGAAGGACGCGGACACACAGGAGCAUUUUCACUUUCCGUCACCGGUCUGUGACCCAACAGCGGCGCCGGUUCGGACAGUUUGACCAGUUCAGACGAGUCUUUCUUGGAGCAGCGAGACUCUGAUCCGUCCUCCAGAUCCACACUGACCAUCAUUCUUCUCACACCUGGAACCUGAGACACCACUCACUUUUGGGGGUUGACAGAUCGAGGGAGUCUUCGGAGCUGCUGGAGGAACCAAAGGUCAAACCAUCUCAGAGUCCAAAAUGGAGGGUCAAAUAUCUGAGAGUUGUUUUCUAGAUUUUUUUUUUCUCUGACAUGACAGAGCGGGUUGUUGAAUCUAAACACACUUGCUGUCAUUUGAUAAACUUGACCCAGAAUAUUGUGGGGGGGGGUCAUAGGUCAUCCGCCCUCUUGUGUCAUCACUCGAGAUGCACUUUAAUAUUUCUGCAACUGAAGCAUUUUGUCCUGAUUAUUGUUAAUAAAAUGUAUAUUUCA